AUGGCUUGCAAGAUUGAUAUUCGCAAAGCUUUUGAUACGAUGAGUUGGGAGUUUAUUCUGCAUCUUACUCCCAUGGAUUUCAGUAGGUCUGCGCAUUUUCCCACCCAUCUUCUCUACGCUGAUGACAUUUUGCUCUUCUGUAAAGCGUCGGUUAAGAACGCACGGAAAAUUAAAGAAAUUUUGGAUCUCUAUGGUGAGCUUUCUGGUCAGAUUUGUAAUCCGAAGAAAUCCCACGUUUUCUUUGGGUCUGGAGUCUCUAAUGUUAUGAAAAAUGGUGUGGUCAGAAAUUUGGGUUUCGCUUUAGGAUCCUUACCAGUUACUUAUCUAGGAGUUCCGAUCUUUCAUGGUCGUAUUCGGGCGUCCCAUUUUAUGGGUAUCCAUGACAGAAUUGUCAAUAAGUUCUCGAAUUGGAAGGGAUUACAGCUUUCUAUGGCUGGUAGAAUCUGCCUGGUUCGCUCUGUUAUUCAAAGUUCGGUCACUCACUCUAAGAUGAUUUAUCGUUGGCUAAAAUCUCUGAUUUACAGCCUGGAUAAGAAGUGUCGUAACUUCAUCUGGACUGGAAACGUGGAUAAAAAACCUUCUUGUCCGGUUAGCUGGUCCCGAGUUUGUGCUCCGCGCGCGGAAGGUGGUCUGGGGAUCAGACCGUUCUCGGCUAUGAAUAAAAGUUUCUUAAUGAAGAUCGCUUGGAGAAUUAUUCAGGGUAGGGAGUUUUCUCCUGCGAUUCUUUGCACUCGGUACUUGACGAGCUUCGGCUACGCCAAAACUUAUCUUGCUUCCUCUCCUGUCUGGACUGGUAUUCGGGGCCUUGUGGAUAACCUGGUUGAUGACUCUUAUUCUUAUGUUGGCACUGGUGAUCAUACUUAA